AUGGAUCUUUUUUCACUUUCGGGUCGAACAGCCCUCGUGACUGGAGGCACUCGAGGCAUUGGCCAGGCCAUGGCCAUUGCGCUAGCAGAAGCUGGUGCCGAUAUUGUCUUGAUUCAGAGAGACACCAGUAACCCCGCCACAAGGGAACAAAUUGAGAAAUUGGGCCGGAAAGCAACAAUUUACACAGCAGAUCUCGCAUCACAAGUUUCCGUUUCAAAUAUAGUCGCGACUGUAGUCCGAGACGGCCAUGAUAUCGACAUUCUACUUAAUUGUGCCGGUAUCCAACGACGACACCCAAGUCAUCUGUUCCCCCAGGAAGAUUGGGAUGAGGUCCUCCAAGUGAACUUGACCACCGUAUUCACCCUCUGUCGAGACGUUGGUGCUUACAUGCUCGGUCGCACACCUAACCGCUCCGGCCAACGUGGGAGUAUUAUCAAUGUCGCCUCACUUGUGUCUUUCCAGGGUGGUCUUACGGUACCUGCCUAUGCGGCAGCCAAGGGUGGCGUGGCACAACUCACCAAGGCAUUGUCGAACGAGUGGUCCUCGAAGGGAAUCAAUGUCAACGCUAUUGCCCCGGGAUAUGUCGCGACAGAUAUGAAUACUGCACUUAUUCAAGAUAAAGAGCGUGCUGCGAGUAUCCUAGCGCGUAUUCCUGCUGGUCGAUGGGGGGAUCCAGACGACUUCAAGGGAUCUGUUGUUUACUUGGCUAGUCGGGCGAGCGCUUACGUGACUGGGGAAGUGUUGACGGUGGAUGGAGGUUGGAUGGGUCGAUAG